GCUUAUCGUCGUUACCUCAAAUUUCCGUCAUCUUGUACAAUUGUGUCGCACACACGUCCAUGCAUGUUUACGUACACCGUACCCAUGCGUAGAUACGCAGUCUGCACACGUAUCGUGUCGUAAAUAAUAAGUUGAGCAAUUAGAACAAGAAGAGCAAAAAAAACAUUGUGAUAAAUUCUAGCUGCUGAAAAAUUCACGUUGACCAGCGAUGGCGGAGGAGUCAAACGGGGAAUCUACCUUCGAAUUUGUCGAAAAAAAGACCGACGAAAUGUCGAUAUCCGGAGAAACUACCAAGACUGAUUCUUCGAGCAGCAUAUCGUCUUCUGCAUCUCUCUUGCCACCUCUCGGAAUUUCUUCAUCUUCUGGAAACUUGCUGUCCAAUGUCUCUCCACCAAGCGCCUUACCCAGCUUCGUCUCAAGCUCCGUCAAACUAAUGCCAGAUUCAAGUGGUGCUAGCACUGGUGGGAACAAUGAUUCAAUUAAUAAACAGCCACAGUCGCAGUCUGGUGUAACGGUGAAGCAACCUCAUCAGGAAACUUAUUACUCUGCCAGUUUUUCACCCGCUAUUCCAUCCAAUGAAAGCACCGAAAUACCACAAGCCACUCAGAAUCAAGAUUUUAACUUAUUUUCAUGGGUAAAGGAAAAUGUUGCAGCCAGUAAAGUUGUGAAAAAAGUCACUGAGACAGCUAAAAGUAGUGUUAACUACAUGCUAACUACCCUGGACCCACAGAUGCAGCAGUUUAUGUAUCCGUAUGAAGAAAUUGAGGUUGUAGUUGCCUCCGACAAAGACAUUAAAAUUGGUCCCAUCCAAGAUGCUUUCGAAGCAGUUUUUGGCCAAGUCAAAGUAUCGGGUGUAGCAUCAGAAUGUUCAAAAGUGGCAGUGCAGCCAGUCGGAUUUGCUGCCGGUAUACGUGGUGCUGAGGAGCGGAUUAAUACUGCACGCAGUAAUCCUUCGGUUGGAAGUGAUGUACCUGUUGUGGCAAUUGAGAACUUUAUACUAGAAGUUAGCCAAGGACAGUGGUACGACUUGGGCGUAAUUGUCUUAAGUGAUCCGAAAAACAAUGUAAACCUCCAAACAUUCACACAAAUGACACCAGUUCCCAGUCACAUUGUUGCAUCCGCUCAAGAAGCAACUCCACCAGAUUACCCUUUCAGAUCUUCAGGAUUGGCAGUUACCAUUGGCAGCUUGAUAGCAGAUAAUUUACAGGUAUCUCAUAAUGAAUGGCAUCACUCGCUGACUGGAGUUUCUCGACGAGACAUUAUUCAGCUCGCAGCGCAAUCGUUGGUUGGAAUAUACGUUAAGGCAGUCCCAAGAACUGAAAAACCAUCGUCAGGAUUGUUACAAUCACUACCGGGACACCCAGCAUUCAUAUAAAAGCAACUUUAUAUGUUGAAACAUUUCGAUUAUUUAAAUGACGUUAUCAUGUAUUAUACUACAUAUCGGGCAACUUAUCAAAUACCUCCCACGGACUGAAAAAAAAGCAACCAACAACGGCAAAUGCCUCUCCGUUGACUUACCGAGUAGCCACCGCUCCGUCAAGUCUUGUCGGUGUAUACUGCUAUUUACCUAUGCCUAUUUUCAUCCCAGGUGCCCUUAAAAUCUCGUUACAAAAUUUUAUUGCAACUUUCAAAAUACUAUUGUUUAAAAUUUGUAUGAUAUAUAGGAAUGGUAGGUCUCACGAUUAAACUUGUGAAACACUACUAGAAUUAUGAAUAAAAGUAAUAUUAUGGACUGAUCUGAGGUCGCCGCAUCAGAAAUGUGUGCCGAUAUGUAUGAUCCAGUGGAUUUGCAGUAUCCAAAUUGUUUACUUUGUAAAGAAAUUAUUGUAUCACUAAUACGAAUAUAUAUUUUAUCUAAUCGAAAUUGUCCGUUCACCCCUGCCAGGCUAGCUAAAUCUGUAAAAUUCAUCGCUCUGUAACCAGUACAUCGAAAUGAAAAUUGGUUUGAAAUUUUACCAGCAGUCUACUUUUUAAACUGUCAUUCAUUAUAUUGUGUACGUAAUAGGGGGGCUAAGAUACGACUAUUUCGAUAUUUUAUUUGUAUCCUUUAAUAUACCGGAAAUCUUGGUGUGUGUAUAUGAUACAUCUUGUUCAAGCAUACGCAUUUCUCAGUCAUUGAUUAACUUUUUAUUUUUAUUGAAUAAAUGGAAUUAACUGGAAAACUUAACAGAGUAAUAACAAAGAAGCUAAAUCAGAGUAGAAAAAGUUACGUAAAAAACCUACAGAACAGUUGAUACAUAUGUAUAUACGUUUAAACUUCAAGAGUAUUAUGAGAAAAAAAAUUAAAGAACGGAAUAGGCAUUACUGUGAGUUAUCACUGCUAUUAAAGUGAAGUAUCCAGCGAAGACCAUCUUCGAUUUAAUAUUUCAAUGGGUUCCAUAGGUAAUAUAUUAUUAAAAAACAGCUUUCACACAUUUGAAUAAUAGGUACCACGGGGAGUUGGUAUGGCGUAUGUAAUUAAAUAAAUGUAUAAAAUAAUCAUCCUUUUUCCAUAUUAACAUGGUUUUUUCCGACAUAAUUACAAUUUCUUUAUUCUUACUUCCGUUUUCCCUUUAUUUUUUCUGUUUUUAUUUUCAUUACUUUUUAUAAUAUUUUGUUUUUAUCACCUUUUCCAUAUGUACCUGCGAUUGCUCUAUGCUCGUGCGUAAGAUAAGUGUUGCGCAAAACAAGAUUGAUAGAGGACCGAUUUUAUGACUCGUGUAGUAG